AUGCUCAAGAGGCUCUCAGGACAUGGAGUGGUCCACGAGUCCGUCACAGCCCUCCCGCUGUGCGGCCAGGCUCACAGGGAGAACAUGGAGAAGAUAGGCUUGAUGUGCUUCAGCUGUCUGCUACUCUGUGGUCUCCAUCAGGCUCAGGGGAAGAUCUCAGAGUAUCAGAUAGAGUCUGAGAGCUUGAGUCGAUGUGAGUCUCUUCGAGGCGUGGCUGUAGCUGGACAACACAACCACAUCCCACACUGCUUUGAGGAUGGCAGGUUCAGGCAGGUGCAGUGCCGUGCAGGGGGAGAGGAGUGCUGGUGUGUCUCCCCAGAUGGAGAAGAGAUCCCUGGAAGCAGAACCACAGGCUCACCUGUGACCUGCCUGACCUCCUGCCAGCUGCAGAGACAGAGGGCCCAGCUGGAGGGCGCAGGUGCUGCUGGGCCCCAGUGCCAGGCGUCCGGGGAGUUCCAGCCCGUCCAGUGUGGCCCAGCCCGGGGGCAGUGCUGGUGUGUGGACCUGGACGGCAUGGAGCUCUAUGGGACCAGGCAGGAUGGAUCCCCCUCCCUCUGUCCUGGCAGCUGUGAGGUGCGGGCGCGGCGCGUCCUCCACGGCAGCAGGGGGCGCUCUCCUCCUCAGUGUUCAGAGCAGGGCAGCUUCCUGCCUGUGCAGUGCCAGUUCGUCAACAUGACGGACAUGCAGGUGUUUGAUCUGCUGGCUAACUUCAACAGGUUUCCAGAGGACUUCCAGACCUUCAGCAGGUUCAGAAGAUCCUUCCCUGAGGUCUCCUCUUUCUGUUCCUGCUCUGACAGCCGUGGCAGGGAGAUCCCCAGCACAGGGGUGGAGCUGCUGCUUGACGAGGUGUACGACACGGUGUUCUCUGGGCCAGUCCUGGGACGCUCGUUCUCCCAGACCAACAUGUACCGCAUCCUGAGCCGGAGGUUCCUGGCCCUGCUCACCGCUCUGACCGGCAGCUUCAGAUGCCCCACCCCAUGCGACAGGGAGCGGUCUGCAGCUCUGCAGUCGUCCAGCGUGUUUGUGCCAUCCUGCGACGCCGCUGGAGCGUACCUGCCGGGGCAGUGCCAGGCGGGGGGCCAGUGCUGGUGUGUCGACCCCAGCGGCAGGGAGGUCUACGGGACCCGUCAGCAAGGAACCCCACCAGACUGUGCAGCGGAGAGCGACUGUCCAUCAGCGCGUCGCGUCGCCCUCUCCAGACUCCUCUCUGGGCCCCAGGCUCCCGCCGCCUCUUCCCAGCAGACGGAGGCCUCCCCUGGGGGCGAGCCGGCCCGUCUGGCCCCCUGCAGCCCCCGCCUCCAGCAGCUCCAGCAGGCGCUGUGGGCCUCCCUGCCUGAGGAGCAUCCAGCCAGCCUGGCCUCCAGCCUCCCCCAGCUCCUCCAGGGCCUGUUCCCCUCCGGGGCCCUGGCGCUCCGGGCUCUCUCCGCCUCGCUGUCCGCCAGCCCCCGCAGGCUCCAGGAGAACCUCUUCGGAGGAAAGUUCCUGAAGAGCGCGGCGGCAUUCAACUUCAGUGGGACUGUGGGACCCAGAGGAACCCUGGGGUUGAGCUCAGUCUUCAGCCAGGUCGGUUUGACCCAAAACCAGGAAGAUCUGUUCCUGCUGGCCCAGACGCUCUCCUCUUCCUCCUCUUCCUCCUCCCACCAGAUCAACCUGGACCAGAACAUCUCAGACCCCUUCGGACGGACCGUCAACCUCAGACAGAACCAGCAGCUCCUGCUGCUGCUCAGCCAGAUCCUGGAGACCCGCUCCUUCCAGUCCGCCCUGACCCAGGCCCUGAUCCAGACCCGAGCCGAGUCCCCCAGCGAGUGGACCCAGCUGCUCUCAGCCCUGCUCCCCGGCCCCCAGCCCCCAGCCUGCCCCCCAGCCUCCCCCAGCCCCUACGUCCCCAGCUGCACCCCUGGAGGGCAGUACCAGGAGCGACAGUGUCUUGGCCGGGAGUGCUGGUGUGUGGACGAGCAGGGGCGGGAGAUGGAGGGCAGCCGCUCCCAGGACCGGAGCUCCCACUGCCCCUCUCGGUGUGAGAGGGAGAGGGCCGCGGCCCUGAGAGCCAGGGCCAGCCAGCCGGCCGGGGUGGACAGCUUCAUCCCUAAGUGUCGGGAGGACGGGGGCUAUGUAGCCCUGCAGUGUGUGGGCCAGACGUGCUUCUGUGUGGACACUGCUGGACAGAGACAGAGCCCUGUCACGGCUGGGGAGACACUUCAGUGUCCUAGUGCCUGCCAGACCAGGGCCUCCCAGCUCUUCAUGCAGCAGGUGAGCUCAGCUCUGAGAGACCCCGCGGCCGUGUCUGAUCUCUCCGCCUUCUACGUCCCCCGCUGCGCCCCCGACGGUACCUGGCUUCUUGUCCAGUGCGACGGCCCCCCAGAGCAGGCCUUCCAGUUCUACCAGGAAUGGACCAAUCAGAACAGCGCGGGCCGGGAACUUCCUGUGUCCGAGCUCCUGGCGAUACUGAGGGCUUAUGGGAACAGUAGUUCUGCCAUGGCCUCGUUCGGGGGCUUUCUGGAGGAGCUGUAUGCAGCGGGACACCAGAGAGUCUUCCCAGGCCUGCGAGCAUUCCCCCAGCUGGGAGACCUGCCCAGGGAGGUCCUGGAGGGGCGUGGGGGUGCUCUGAGUGGGCCCGGGGGGCUCCUGGACCCCCUGACUGUGUGGGAGCUGCUGAGGGGGCAGGGAGGCCCCUAUCCGGGGUCCCUGGCUGACUUCAGCCUGCCUCUGCAGCACCUGGACCUGCGUCGCUGCUGGUGCGUCUCCCAGGCUGGAGAGGAGAUCCCAGGAACCAAGGCCCUGGCCAAUCAGGUCCCUGCUUGCCCUGGUUCUUGUGCUGUGGUGCAGCGUAAGGUAGAAGACUUCCUGGAAGGGGCGGAGCAGAUCAUCUCCAUCUCCAACUCCUCCCACUUUCCCUUGGGCGCUGGCUUCCUAUUGGCUGAGGGGCUUCGUCUGACCCAGGAAGAGUCCCUCCAUGCUCUGUCCCUGGGGGAGGAGCUACUCUACGACAGGCUGAUGAGUCACUCCAACGCUGCGCUACAAUUGGCCGCCCACUCCACCCUCCAGUUCUCCUGGCAGAGCCAGCAGGGUGUGUCUGAGGACAGAGCAGUGCUGAGGCUGGGGUACCAGCCCUACUCUCCCCAGUGUGACGCCAGAGGAGACUGGCUGCCCACUCAGUGCCACACCAGCACAGGUCAGUGCUGGUGUGUUGAUAAAGAAGGAGAGUACAUCCCUGAAUCCCUGACCAGUCGUCCCCUGAAACCACUCCAAUGUCAGACUCCAUGUCAGAGAGCUGCUGCUCAGGCUCUGCUUUCUGAUUGGACGCCAUCAGUCUCUGACAUCACCACCCCAGCCUCCUACAGCCCAUCAUGUGAUGUGGCUGGCCAGUUCUCUGUGCUGCAGAGGGGGGGUCUAGACCAGGCCUGGUGUGUGACACCUGAGACAGGAGACACUCUACAGCCUGCAGACCCCAUCCCCCCUGGAGAGCUCACCUGCCCCAGCCUGUGCCUGCUGCUGCGAGGGGCUGCCGGGCGGAGGCAGUUGGGGCUGGGCUACCAGCCGGAGUGCCGGGCAGAUGGCAGCUUCUCUCCGUCCCAGUGUGACGUCACACACUGCUGGUGUGUUUCCUCAGACGGCCGGGAGCUGGCCGGGACCCGGAGCACACGCAGCACAGGAGCCAGACCCCACUGUGACAGUCCCCAGUGUCCAUCUCCCUUCUCUGCUGACGCCUCCAUCUCCCAGGGUGCACUGCUGUGUCGCUCCCAGGCCCUGGGCGGACAGCAGAGGCAGAGCUGUGACCUCACCUGUCACCAUGGCUACGACAGUGCACUUCCUGUCAAGCGCUUCCUGUGUGAUGUCGACACCCAGACCUGGCUGGAGGACGCCCCACUGCCUCAAGCCUGCCAGAAGGUCCAGGUGUACCAGACAGUGCAGUCCUCUGUGCUAGUCCAGCUGUCUCUCGCUGAGUCUGCACAGCCCUGCUCCUCCUCCAGCCUGCAGGCCUCCCUGCUCACAGACAUGAGAGCCCAGGGGCUCUGCAGCCUGCAGCUGUCUCCCUCAGGGUCCUCGGUGUCUGUGUGUGAAGAGGGCUCGGUGCGUGUGGAGUGUGUGAGCGAGGGCGGGGUCACGCUGGAGGUCGUCUGGAGGGCGUCUCUGCUCGACCUCCCGGUCGCCGUGCUGCCUGACCUCCAUGACAUCGACGUAGCUCUGGGUGAGGCCAGGCUCCAGGCGGGACUAAUGGGGCUUCUGGGUAGGGCGCCGUAUCGCUCCAUCGUGACCUCUGACCCCCAAGUGAUCUUCACCCUUCCCCCCACCUUCGGCUGCUCCCCUGGGUACCAGGCUGGUACAGCGGGCACCGGCUGUGUGCUGUGUCCAGCAGGUGCGUUCUCCAGUGGGGGUGUGUGUCGGCCCUGCCCUCCGGGCUCCUACCAGGAAGAGGGGGGUCAGGACUUCUGCAGCCCCUGUCCCAGAGACAGCACCACGGCUGCAGCCGGAGCAUCCUCUAAGAAACACUGCAUGACAGAGUGCCAGCGCAAAGGACUACAGUGUUCUGAGAGAGGGGACUUCCUGUUGGCCCAGAAGGACUUCCUGUCAGGGAGAUGGGUUUGUGUGACAGCCGGGGGGGCGGAGCUAGCGUGGACAAACAGGGAGGAGCCUCUGUCCGAGGAUGAGUGUAAAGUGCUGGGAGGAUUUGAAGACGUUCCCACAUCCAGACUCAUCCUGGAAGCUGAAGAUUCACACCUGAUCAGGUCCCAGUCAUCUAACACCACCCUGGAGAAACAUCUCCACACCUGCCUUCAAGCGUGUGCCCAGGAGCAGGGCUGCUUCCACCUGGCGGUGUCCUCAGCAGGGGGCCAGGCUCACUGUGAGCUCUACAGCCAGCAGCCCUCCAACCUGCACUGCAACACCUCCGACCAGACCAGGGGGUUUCUGGGUAAUCCUGAGGCGGCCAUGUUUAAGAGGCUUCGCUGCUACCUGAGGGUGAGAGGCGGGGCCAAAGGAGACUUGCUGGUCCUCAGGAAGAAAGGUGAGCAGGUCACCGUGCAGAGCGGCUUUGAGAGGAUGCCGUUCCGCAAGCUGACCUCGGGGGUGUACCGGACGGUGGUGUUCCCCGCGGAGGGAGCCAGUGUCACGGACGCACACCGCUUCUGUCAGGACGCGUGCAGCUCAGACUCCUGCUGUGAGGGCUUCCUGCUCAACGCCAACAUCCUGGACGGAGGCAGUAUCAUGUGUGGUCUGGUGCGUUCCCCCUCGGUCCUCCAGUGUUCGGAGGGUGACUGGGAUGUGUCUGGGCUGGCCAGCUCUGCCCGGGUCUGUGGCGCUGGGCUCACCUACGACCAGGACCACAAGAGCUUCAUCUUCAACUUCGGAGGACAGAACUUUGUUAUCACGGAUGCAGCAUUGCCAGCGUCCAGUAAGAACAAGAGUGACUACCAGGCCAGCAUCAUUAUCUUCCAGGCCAUCUACCUCCACACAGGUGUGAGUAACAGUACCGACGUCUCCAGCACCUGUGUGGGAGGUCAACCCACCCCAGACCCCCCAGCUGUGGUCUCAGAGUCGUUUGAGCGUCUGGAGGUCAGCGAGGUUCUGGUGGAACCAGACAGGAACGUGCCUCAUCUUCUCUACUUCAUCUCCAAACACACCUUCUCUCCUCACAGCGCGCUGCUCUGGUGUCAGACACGCUGCCAGGAGGAGGAGCAGUGUUCUGUGCUGGAUGUGAGGAGUGAGGGGGACAGGUUCUACAGCUGCUCCCUGUACCCCGACCCCCGGGUGUGUGGAGGCUACGACACACCUCUGAGGCAGCCCUGUCUCCCCCGCCUCCCCCAGCCUCUCCACAACCCCCACAUCAAGAAGGUGGACCUGUCCGGAGGGGUGAAGAGCUUCUACAGGCGUGUGUCCUUCAGGAAGAUGGUGUCCUACUCUGUCCGCAGUCGUGUCAGCCUGUCAGCCAACACCCUGACAGACAGCUUCAUGGAAUGUGAGAGACGGUGUGAUGAGGAUCCUUGUUGCCGUGGCAUCGGAUAUGUUAGAGACAGGAAGUCUCCAGGCGUGGAGGUGCUGUGCCUGACCCUGGUCAGCCUGGGAAUCCAGACGUGCGGGGAGGAGGAGGGGGAGGGGGGGUCGUCCUGGCGUGUGCAGGACUGCAGCCCCUCAGGGGUGGAUACCAGUGUGGAGCCCUACGGCUGGUACGAGAAGCCAGUGAACCAGUGGACUAAGUCUCCUGCGCUGUGCCCCAAGUUUGAGCUCCGCGCUCCUUCCAUCAACGUGAGUAUGGAGGGGUGGAGGCUGUUAGGGGGUUCAUCUGUGCUGGUGGACCCCUCUCUCUCCACCUACGACGUGCUCCACCUCAGCCAGGACAUCUCAGAGGACCUGCAGAGGACCACGGCCUGGUGUCUCUCUGCGUGUGAGGAGGCGGAGUCUUGUGCGGCGGUGACGGUGAGGAGGGCGGAGUCAGCUGUGCGCUGCGUCCUGUACCCAGACACACGCACCUGUGGCCCCGCCCCCCAGGCUCGGCACUGCAGGCUGGUCGUCAGGGAGACCGCCCCCCUCGUCUACCUGAGAGUUCCAAACCCAGCACGGGCUUCAGCAGCAACAUCAGUGUUCAUCCCGGGGCACGGAAUGCUGCUGGGCGUCGCCAGGACAACGGCUCUGGGAUCAGACAGGAAGACAGUUAUCCAGUUCCUGGGAGUUCCGUAUGCCCGUCCUCCAAUAGGAGCGCAACGUUUCAGCGCCCCGGAGCCGGCAGUGUGGAGCGGAACGUGGAACGCCACGGUACCCCGAGCGAGCUGCCUGCAGCCUGGCGACCUGGAGACCUCAGCCUCCAGUGAGGACUGUCUCUACCUCAACAUCUUUGUCCCCAGCGGCAUCAAGGGGAGCACUGCUGUGUUAGUCUUCUUCUACAACCCCUCCAGUCCAGCCAAUCACAGCUCACCUGGUCUGCUAGAUGCCUCUCACCUGGCUGCCGUGGGCAACAUUGUCGUGGUAACAGCCCACACCAGGGUGGCAGCUCUGGGAUUCCUCAGAAUAGGCUCCGCCCUGCCAGGUAACUCCGGCCUGCAGGACCAGCGGGCUGCUCUGCUCUGGGUUCAGGACCACGUGGCCCGGCUGGGGGGGGACCCCAGGAGGGUGACCGUGGGGGCGGAGAGGGGCGGAGCUGACGUCACCAGCCUCCACCUGCUGUCCUCCCAGACUCCGCCCCUCUUCCAGACUCCGCCCCUCUUCCAGCGCAUGCUGCUCAUGGGUGGCUCGGUGUUCUCCCCCUCCCUGCUGCUGGGUGAUGCUGAGGCUCGGCGGCAGGCCCUGGCCCUGGCCCGCCAGCUGGACUGCCCCACCUCAGACCCCAACCCGCUCAUGUUCUGUCUGAGGGGGGUCCCUGCUCGUGUGCUCAACGCUGCCCAGACCAAGCUCUUGGCGGUGAGUGGACCCCUGCAGGCGUGGUCUCCGGUGGUAGAUGGGCUGCAGGAGGCUGCCGGCCCCCAGGGGGCGCUGCAGAGCUCUGGCCCUCACAGUGUCGACCUCCUGCUGGGAUCCUCGGCUCACGACGGCCUCAUCAGCAGAGCCAGGAACAUCAAGAACUUUGAGCAGCUGCAGGGCCGAGCGGACAGCAAGACGGCCUUCUACCAGGCCCUGUCAGAGUCCCUGGGCGGGCGGGAGGCCAGCGCCCUGGUGAAGGAGGCAGCCACCUGGUUCUACUCCCUGCGGCACUCACCCACCCCCGCUGGCUACAACCUGUUCUCACAAGCUCUCAACAAUGCCACCAGGGAUCUCUUCAUAGUGUGCCCCAUAGUAAAGAUGGCAGCCAUCUGGGCAGCCAACAGCCGGUCCAAGGUGUUCCAGUACCACGUACCCGAGAGCUCAGCCCAGACAAGCGGCCCUGCCUACGUGCCCCUGGACGUCCAGUACAUGUUUGGAGUCCCUCACCACCCAGCCUCAGCCCACAGCUUCACCUCCUCAGAGAGACAGCUCUCCCUCCAGAUCACCAGCUACAUCGCUAACUUCAUCCACUCUGGGGACCCUAACCAGGCCCACCCAGCCUCCCUGGCCCCCCCCAGCCCAGCGCUGCCUCCCUGGCCCCGCGUCCUGCCCCUGCCUGGGGGGGCGCUCUACAAGGAGCUGGCCGCAGGGCUCCGGGACCUCCAGGGCCUGCACAGAGAGGCCUGCUCCUUCUGGACGGACUACAUACCUGCGCUCAGCUCAGCCACAGCCAAGCUGUCUGGAGAUGGUCUGGGCUCCUCUCCUCCUCCUCCUCCUCCUGCUCCUCCUCCUCCUCCUCGUCCCGCUCUGACAGAGCAGCAGUCCAGCCUGCCGGCCCCCCGGACCAGCAGCCCGCCCAAGACCGAGAAGGACGCCUACAGUUAGACCGCUCCCUCCUUGCCACGGUUGCCGCGGACAACACCUACUAGUACCUUCAAGUCACAUGACGCUGCCGUCACUGUUCUUAUUUCUCAAUCACUCUGUAGCAAACCACCUGUAAACACUUCACAAUAAACAUGUCGUCAUUUUAAA